GCCGACGGAAUUCAUGGUUACACGCCUAAUCCUAAAGAUCUCUCCAGUGUGAAUGUGACCAAAGACAUACUCGACCUGGCGGAACGCCUUGCUGACAAUGCACAUCAGCUUUGGGCCAAGCAGAAGAUGGCCGAACUUGAUUCACUUGGUAAGCUUCCGUCCAUCGCCACAUUAUUCUCUUUCCCUCUAUUCUCUCCCUAUUCUAAUAUAAGCAAUAUAACACUUAUCCAACUCGCUUUGCCGUAG